AGGAACGUGUGAGCUCGUGCACGCAGCUUGCAGCAGCCGUCAAUGGGGAGAGACAGUGAGCGCGCGCCGCUCUAGAGAAAGCCUCUGCUUACGGAACUUCACAUCAGCGGACCGGCGCGGCAGCUCUGCAUCCCGCUCCACCGCUCAAACACCGCUCACACACCACAGCCACAGGAACCGGCCGAGUCGGCAGCGAGUGAAGAGUGAAGAGCUUUCACCGGCUGUGGGAGAGGAGCCACUCCAGCCUGCAUGGCAUACACAAUGGGCUCAGGGCCCAAUGCUGGCCCCGCCAUUGGCCCUCAGCACUGUGUCACCAAGGUGGAGCUCUCCGUGUGCUGCUCCAACCUGCUGGACCGUGACGUUGCCUCUAAGUCUGACCCAUUCUGCGUGCUCUUCCAGGAGGUGGACAGUAACUGGGUGGAGUUGGGCCGAACAGAGACAGCAGUGAACAAUCUGAACCCUGUGUUUGGGGAGAAAUUCCAGGUGGACUACCAUUUUGAGGAGGUCCAGAAGCUGAAGUUUGCCAUGUUUGAUGAAGACAAGUGCAGCAGCCAGCUGUAUGAGCAUGACUUUCUGGGAGAGUUCAUCUGCACGCUGGGAGUGAUUGUGUCCAAUAAGAAACUUCAUCGGCCUCUUAUCUUGGCCAACGGCAAACCAGCGGGAAAGGGAGCCAUUACGAUAACAGCCCAGGAGUUAUCAGACAACAGAAUAAUCACCCUGUCCAUGUGUGGGAGAAAGCUGGAUAAAAAAGAUUUCUUUGGUAAAUCAGACCCUUACUUGGAGUUCCACAAGCAAGGAGAGGAUGGAAAAUGGAUGCUGGUCCACAGAACAGAGGUGAUUAAGAACACUCUGGACCCUGUAUGGAAGUCAUUCACUGUGCCACUGAUUUCUCUCUGUAAUGGUGAUGUGGACAGAAACAUCAAGGUGGUAUGCUAUGACUAUGAUAAUGAUGGAGGCCAUGACUUCAUUGGAGAAUUUCUGACCACAGUAACCAAGAUGAGUGAAGCACAGAAUGCAGUAGAGGUGGAGUUUGAAUGCAUCAAUCCGAAGAAACAGAAGAAGAAAAAGAACUACAAGAACUCUGGAAUCAUCAUUUUGAAGUCCUGCAAGAUUACGAGGGAUUACUCGUUCUUGGAUUACAUCCUGGGUGGCUGUCAGCUGAUGUUCACUGUUGGCAUUGACUUCACAGCUUCAAAUGGGAACCCCAGGGAACCGUCCUCGUUACACUACAUCAACCCGAUGGGCAGCAACGAGUAUCUCUCUGCCAUCUGGGCCGUAGGACAGAUCAUACAGGAUUAUGACUCAGACAAAAUGUUUCCUGCACUCGGAUUUGGUGCUCAACUCCCGCCUGACUGGAAGGUGUCCCAUGAAUUUGCUAUCAACUUUGACCCUACCAAUCCAUUCUGCAUCGGUGUUGAGGGCAUCGUUCAGGCGUAUUCCACCUGCUUACCUCACAUCCGCUUUUAUGGCCCAACUAACUUUGCCCCCAUAAUCAACCACGUGGCACGUUUCGCUUCACAGGCCCUGCAGCAAGACACAGCAGCGCAAUACUUCACGUUGCUGAUCAUUACUGAUGGCGUGAUCAGUGACAUGGACGAGACACGCCAUGCCAUAGUACAAGCUGCCAAACUGCCCAUGUCCAUCAUUAUUAUUGGAGUGGGCAAUGCCGACUUUGCAGCAAUGGAAUUUCUGGAUGGAGACAGCAGCGUACUACGUUCCUACACUGGAGAAGAGGCAGUCAGGGACAUCGUACAGUUUGUCCCAUUCAGGGACUUCCGCAAUGCCCCGAAGGAAACUUUAGCCAAAUCAGUAUUGGCCGAGCUGCCUCAACAGGUUACCCAGUAUUUCAAACAGAGGAACCUGUCACCUAGAAACACGAUGCCGGAGUGAAAGCUUGAAGCUCACACUGCAUGUUGCCAAAAUCUACUUACUGUUUACAGAAAAAAAAUCCUUGACCAUUCUGAAGGACAAAGCGCAUGCCUUUCUAUAAAUAAUUGUUUUUAAUAUAAAUAAAUGUUUUUAUUUAUUGGUUUUACAUAUGCCAAGUUCUAAAACAAGAUGCAAUGUAAGGUUAUGUGUGUGUAUAUGUGCGUCAGACACUAACUCCUCUAACGCAGGGGUUCUCAAUUCCAGCCCUCAGACGAACGGAGAACUAGACAGGAGGAUCCUCUGCUAAAUAUUCAGAGGGGCCGAAAACCUUUUGAAUGUAUAUUUGUGUGUUUUAAGAGAUUAUCUUUCAUAAUUGUAAUCUUUUCUGUAGUGCUUUGUAAUUUGUCAGUUGUAUAGUAUUAUGGUCAAGGUGAUGGAUUUUGCUUUUAUACAGUUUGGUCAGUCUUUUUUGUUACAGUACUCAGGUCAAUAAAUUUCACUUGAGGUGUU